CAGGUGGCAGCGGCCAUACAGGGUUUCUUUUGGCCAAAGAUUUUUUGGGACUUUCAGACGAGGAUUAUGGAUAUCCUAGUGACGCCUUUACCGAUUCUGCAAGUCAUUAACUUGGUUUGUGGUGUUGUUGUCAUUUUAUGGGAAUGGCCGUGGAGACCUGCGACCGCAAUCUCAUUUCACAGGCUAAUUUAUAGCCAUAUUCUCGUUCUCAUGAUUGCUGCCCUACCAGCAUGGCUCCUUUAUCAAGGUACUAAUGCGGCGAUAUAUUAUCAUAUCGGAAUGGCAUUAUACUUGAUAGCAUUAAGGAAGGACUGA